AUGUUCCAUGGAUUGCCAAGUGAAGACCCCAUUGACCACCUUGAUGAGUUUGAUAGGCUUUGUGAUUUGACAAAGAUCAAUGGUGUCUCUGAAGAUGCCAUCAAGCUGAGACUCUUUCCUAUGUCUCUAGCUGACAAAGCUCACCAAUGGGAGAAGAGCUUGCCCCAUGGCACAAUCACCACUUGGGAUGAAUGCAAGAAGGCCUUUCUUGCUAAGUUUUUCUCCACCGGUCGCACAGCCAAGCUUAGAGGAGAGAUAUCCAGCUUCAUCCAGCGAAACAAUGAGACAUUCGCAGAGGCUUGGGAGAGGUUCAAAGGGCUACACAAGUAUAGGGAGAUGCUAGACACAGCUAGCAAUGGGAACUUCCUCAACCAGGAUGUAGAUGAUGGCUGGCAACUUGUGGAGAACAUAGCUAACUCAAAUGGAAGCUAUGGAGAAGAGUAUGAUCGCACCAACCGGAGCUCGACCCACCACUCGAUCGAGUCAGACGAAAAGUUGAGAAAAGAUGUUAAGGCAUUGAAUGAGAAGUUGGAUAAGCUGAUCCUAGCUCAGUCCACAAUGAAGAAAGUCAACUUUGUGUCUGCUGAGGAGAUGGAACCAGUCCAAGAAGGGGAGGAUACACAAUUUGCUGAGGUGUGCUACAUGAGCAAUGGGCAAGGAGGUUACAACAAAGGAUACUAUAAUUACAAGUCCAACCCUGCCAUGUCAUACCGCAACACUGAUGUUGCUAACCCUCAGGACCAAGUAUAUCCUCAACAACAAGCAGCUCGAUCGAGUCAAGGCUUCCCCCACCAACCGCCCCAGCCUGCACCUUCACAAGAGAAUGAGCUCAAGGCAAUGCUAAAGCAACUACUUCAAGGGCAAGCUGAUGGGGUAGUGGACACAAGCAAGAAGCUAGCUGAAAUAAACUCUAAGAUCGAGAACCUCAACACAAGGGUUUACUCUCUGGAGAAUCAUGCUUCUUCUGUUGCUGCUGCUACAAAGCAAGGACAACUACCUGGUAAAGCUAUUCAGAACCCCAAGGAACAGUGCAAGGUCAUCUUCACUCAAGAAGGACUUGUUGAAGAAGAGGAUCAAGAAAGGGUCAUUGAAGAUUUUUGUUUACUGCUGAAUGAUGAAGAGAUUGUUGCUGCUGAGGCUCCUGGAGUCCAGAUUGAUCAACCAGAAGUGCAGGCACCUACUGUGGCCAUUCACACUUCACCAGUUGAGCUCGCACGACAAGCUCGAUCGGCAGCUCGAUCGAGUCCAACUCUAGCUCGAUCGAGUCCGACCUCUUCUGUCCCAAACCUGUUUUGCUUGAUCCUUACCAACCGGUUGCCGCUUCCUCGUCUCGCCUACUUAGUCAAGGUCACAAGGAAGUGA